ACCAGCAUCAGCUUGAAGCCAUGUGUUCAUUUGCCUUGCUCAUACUCAGCCCCCCUCAACACACAGGCACAGCUCAUCCCUCCUUGGCCCUUCCCCAACUGCAACGGCACAAGUCUCAUUGAUCAUAUCACCCAAAGCCAAUCUCUAGUUUUCCCAGUUCAUUGUCCACGGUGCCUUGCUUUCUUCUACACUUCCAUCUCUUAUAUAUCACGCCACCCCCUCGCCCCCUACCCUCCCCCACAAGCAAACCAAAGAAAGCAAAAUAUAAAGAAAGAAAAUGGUGGUAUUGCCUACACAAGCAAUGGAACAGUUCAGCUUAGUCAAGAACUCGUGUAAAGCUACCACAUUAUUCCCUGGGAUUCCAUUGAUAGACCUCUCAAAACCGGACUCCAAGCACCUUCUUGUGAAGGCGUGCGAAGAAUUUGGAUUCUGUAAAGUCAUCAAUCAUGGUGUUCCCACUGAAUUCAUAUCCAAACUUGAGUCUGAAGCCAUCAAGUUCUUCUCUUUGCCCCUGUCUGAGAAGGAAAAAGCGGGGCCCCCUGACCCUUUCGGCUAUGGUAACAAGAUGAUUGGGCCAAAUGGCGACGUGGGUUGGGUUGAAUACAUCCUCUUAACGACCAACCCUGGAUUCAAUUACCAAAAGUUCGAAUCAGUUUUUGGCGUCACCCCAGAGAAGUUUCAGGGUGCUGUAAAUGAUUAUAUAUCGGCAGUGAAGAACAUGGCCUGUUCAAUUCUCGAACAAUUGGCUGAAGGGUUGAAUAUUCAGCCACAGACUGUGUUCAGCAAGCUGUUGAUGGAUGAACAGAGUGACUCUGUUUUCAGGCUAAAUCACUACCCACCCUGCCCUGACCUUCAAGAACUGCAUGGCAGGAAUUUAAUUGGAUUUGGAGAACACACUGACCCACAAAUCAUAUCUGUUUUGCGAUCCAACAACACUUCUGGCCUUCAAAUCGCAUUGAAGGAUGGAAGUUGGAUUUCAGUUCCACCUGAUCAAAAUUCUUUCUUUAUCAACGUUGGUGACUCAAUGCAGGUUUUGACAAAUGGGAGGUUUAAAAGUGUGAGGCAUAGAGUAUUGGCCAACAGUUCCAAAUCAAGGGUCUCAAUGAUUUAUUUCGGAGGACCACCUUUGAGUGAGAAGAUAGCUCCUUUGCCUUCACUUAUGGAAGGCGAAGACAGCUUGUACAAGGAGUUUACAUGGUUUGAGUACAAAAAGUCUGCAUACAAGUCAAGAUUGGCUGAUAAUAGACUUGGUCUCUUCGAGAAAAUUGCAGCCUCAUAAUGCCCCUCCUGUUUUAAUUAGUCCCUCUCCUGCCUUUUGCUAGGAAAAAUGGGCAACAAAUCAAGAACUCAUAUAUAUAUAUAUAUAUAUAUAUAUAUAUAUAUAUAUAUAUAUGAAUGUAUGUGUAGCAUGUAGGACAGCUUGGUUGAAUUUCCCAUGGAUGGAAAACUGUUUGUAUCUUCA